UCCGGAGUCGGGGGUAUAUAAGUGGGGCGCAAGAGCUCUGUUGCUACUGCAGUACACUAGCCGCGGGCAGAGGCUUGUGGCGGACCGACGGACGGACGCCGAGCCACUGCUCCCCUCACCCCCGCGCCCGCGCCGCUUCAGCCUGCCCCCGGGCCGCCGGUCCAGCCGCCCCUCGCCCGGAGCCUCGGUGCCCGGCCCCACACCGCCAGCUGCUCGGCGCCCCGGGUCCGCCAUGCGCUCCGCCGCUGUCCUGGCGCUCCUGCUCUGCGCCGGGCAAGUCACUGCCCUCCCUGUGAACAGCCCUCUGAAUAAAGGGGACACCGAGGUGAUGAAGUGCAUCGUCGAGGUCAUCUCUGACACGCUGUCCAAGCCCAGCCCCAUGCCUGUCAGCCAGGAGUGUUUCGAGACACUCCGAGGAGACGAACGCAUCCUUUCCAUCCUGCGCCACCAGAAUUUACUGAAGGAGCUCCAAGACCUCGCUCUCCAAGGUGCCAAGGAGAGGGCGCAGCAGCAGAAGAAACACAGCAGUUUUGAGGAUGAACUCUCAGAGGUGCUUGAGAACCAGAGCACCCAGGCUGAGCUGAAAGGGGUGAUGGAGGCGGCGCCCUCCAAGGAGGCUGCGGAGAAAAGAGGCGGUUCCGAAGAGGCCGAGAAGAGCAGUGAAGACGCGGAGGGAGCCAGGCCCCAGGCCCUCCCCGAGCCCGGGAAGGAGUCCAAGAUGGAGGGGAACAGCCAGGCCCCUGGGGACGAGGAGGCCACCAACACCCAGCCCCCAGCCAGCGCCCCCAGCCAGAGGGACCCAGGCCUGCAGGCCGAGGGUGACAGGGCAGGUCCCUCUCAGGGCCUGGCGGACAGAGAGAAGGGCCUGAGUGCAGAGCACGGGCACCAGGCAAAGCCGGAGGAGGAGGAGGAAGAAGAGGAGGAGAAGGAGGAAGAGGCUAGGGAGGAGCCUGUCACUCCUUUCCAGGUCAUCGAAGGCCCCACGACAGCACUCAGCCCAUACCUCGGCCACGGGGAGGCCCAGAAAGGUCGGUCGGAGGCUCUGGCCGUGGAUGCAGCCGGGAGGCCUGGGGCUGAGGAGGCUCGGCCCCUGCGGGGGCAGGGAGGGCAGGAGCACUCCCGGCAGCAGCAGGAGGAGGAAGAGGAGGAGGAGGAGGAGAUGGCAGGGGCCCCUCGAGGCCUCUUCCGGGGCGGGAAGAACGGGCAGCUGGAGCAGGAGCAGGAGGAGGAGCGGCUCUCCAAGGAGUGGGAGGACGCCAAGCGCUGGAGCAAGAUGGACCAGCUGGCCAAGGAGCUGACGGCCGAGAAGCGGCUGGAGCGGGAGGACGAGGAGGGCAGCCCUGACCGCUCCAUGAAGCUGCCCUUGCGGGCCCGGGCCUACGGCGUCAGGGACCCUGGGCCGCAGCUGCGACGAGCCUGGAGGCCGUCCUCCCGGGAGGACAGCGUCGAGGCGGGCCUGCCCCUCCAGGUCCACGGCUACCCCGAGGAGAAGAAAGAGGAGGAGGGCAGCGCCAACCGCAGACCAGAGGACCAGGAGUUGGAGAGCCUAUCGGCCAUUGAGGCGGAGCUGGAGAAGGUGGCCCGUGAGCUGCAGGCGCUGCGGCGGGGCUGAGGGGCCCCAGGUGCCCUGUGGUCCUGGCCCUACUCCCCACUGCAGGCCCUGGCCACACAGCCCAGGCGCUGCCUCCAGUAGGGAGGUGGCCUGCAGCCCGCCCAAGCCCAGGCCACCCUGCUACCCCAUGCUCCCGUUCCCCUGCUCUCGACCCUGCCCCGGAACCCCCUCUGCAGGGCGGACCCCCAUGACUUUAAACAUCGAUUAUUCCUUCUCUCAACACAGGCAGCUUUCUAGAAGUUUCCCUUCCAACAUCAUAUCCACUGGGCACAACUGCAAUAACUUCUGACCUUUUGGUGAAAGCUGAGAACUCCUAACUGUAAUAUAUCCUGUAUAAAAUUUAUCUAAGGAAAAAUAAAUCCGUUCUGGGCUCUUUCCU